GGGCAUUGUUCCCUUUGCCUUCCCGAAAAGGGAGAGCGUUAUAAAAAUAUAUUAUUAUGGCGGUAUCCUAAAACUUUGUUCGUAAUUUUUUCAGAGUAAUUCACAGAAUCAGCUUGAAUAAUGGCUAGCGAAGCUAUUUUAAAGUAUUUAGUGGACACGAAUCGUCCGUAUUCGUGUGCUGACGUGACAGUGAAUUUGCGUGGAGCUUACACGAAAACUGUGGUUCAGAAAACUCUGGAUGCUUUGGCGGAAAGUGGUAAAAUCAGAUGUAAAUUGUAUGGUAAACAGAAGGUUUACGCUGUUAUACAAGAAGAUGUCAAGCAAAACGAUGGCGACGUUGAAGAUUACGACAGCCAAUACAAAACUCUGGCUCAAUCUUUGGAAGAUCUCAACAGCAAAGUCAAAACUGCCGAAUCCAAGCUGAAAGUUCUCACGUCUGCCCCUACUACGGCAUCAGCGCGAACCAAAAUCGAUGAGACUACGCUUAAAGUGAACAGUCUAGAGAGUAAAUUGAACAUUCUGAGAAACUCCACUGCAGUCAUAAGUGUUGACGAGAAGAAACGAAUUCUCGAUGAGCAUGAUAAAUUUCUUAGGGAGUAUAGGAAACGCAAAAGAAUAUCCACGGAUAUCUUGGAGGCUGUCCUAGAAGGAUAUCCCAAAUCGAAAAAGGCACUAGUCGAGGAGCUUUGCAUCGAAACCGAUGAGAUGGUCGACUUCAAACUCAUGGCGAAUACCUGAUAACAUAACUAUGCAUAAUAUUAAUAUUUAUUUAAAAAUGUAAUAAAGAAAUGCUUGUGAUAAAUACAACUGUGAACGAAUGAGAUUUUAUUGUCCCAGUAUUGUCUUCGUAUUCUUCGAAUUUAG